UCUUUAAAUUAGAAAAUAAUUUUCUCUCUGCCACUGCUGAUAACAAUUAGCCAACACACCGCGACAAUCGGUCUGUCCUUGUCGUUUAUUCCGAUUUAAACGACGCCGGUUCGGCAAGCACCGUUUAUCUAUUUUGCCUCAAUGUUGGAUUUGUAGCAAAAACAGAUCGAUUUUUAUGCCUUUAACUCCUAUCCCUCCAUUGUUUGCGACAUUUUUUAGAGGGAGAGAAGUGCGUCUGCCAGUUCUCCUAAUCACCACCGCAUAAACAACCGGAGAUGGCUUUUCAUAGGCGGCGCAACCAUUAUUAUAACUGUUUUCGGUCUUUCCUUCCCUUAAUAUCCGCUGUUUCCGGAGUUCUUCUUAUUUUCUUUGGUCUUCUGUCCAUUCUCGCUCCUUCUCCUAAAAUUUCGGAUAAUUUUCACCAUUCUCGCCAUGACUACUCGUCAAUCAAGAUAGCUGAUGGUGGGAGUGGAGAAUCAGUCUUUCAUGUUCCGAGAGAUGGAGGGAGAUUGGAUCGUGAUAUUUGGACCUCAAGAAAUUCCAAAUUUUACUAUGGAUGCAGUAAUGCCAGCAAGAGUUUUCCAAAUGCGGACAAGGUAACACACCGUGAUCGUUAUUUACUUAUUGCUACAAGUGGAGGUCUGAAUCAACAAAGGACUGGGAUAACGGAUGCUGUUGUUGCUGCCCGAAUUCUAAAUGCUACCCUUGUUGUUCCAAAGCUAGACCAGAAAUCUUUUUGGAAGGAUACAAGUAAUUUUGGAGAGAUUUUUGAUCUAGAUUGGUUCAUAUCUUCUCUAUCAAAGGAUGUCAAAAUCAUAAAAAAUCUCCCAAAAAGGGGAGGGAAAACUUGGACUACACAUAACAUGCGUGUUCCAAGAAAGUGUAGUGAGAAAUGUUAUCAAAGUCGUGUAUUACCUGUUCUUCUGAAAAGGCAUGCAAUUCAGCUCACCAAGUUUGAUUACAGGCUUGCUAACAAGUUGGACGGACAAUUACAAAAGUUGAGAUGUAGAGUUAACUACCAUGCUUUGAAAUUUACUGAUCCUAUUCUUGAAAUGGGCAGGACAUUGGUUCACAGGAUGAGGAUGAAAAGCAAGCACUACAUUGCUUUGCACCUAAGGUUUGAGCCUGAUAUGCUGGCAUUCUCAGGAUGCUAUUAUGGUGGUGGUGAUCAGGAAAUGGAAGAUCUAGGUGCCAUACGAAAGAGGUGGAAAACUUUACAUAUGAGAAACCCUGAAAAAGAGAGGAGGCAUGGAAAAUGCCCUCUCACCCCAAAGGAAGUUGGUCUCAUGCUAAGAGCGUUGGGUUAUGGCAGUGAUGUUCAUAUUUAUGUGGCCUCUGGAGAAGUAUACCGAGGGGAAGAAUCAUUGGCUCCCCUAAAAGAACUCUUCCCAAACUUCUAUACUAAAGAGACCAUAGCCGGCAAGGAGGAGUUGGAACCUUUUUUGUCAUUUUCAUCCCGUAUGGCUGCAAUUGACUUUAUUGUUUGUGAUGAAAGUGAUGUUUUUGUUACCAACAACAAUGGUAAUAUGGCUAGAAUAUUAGCUGGACGGAGGAGAUAUUUUGGACAUAAACCGACAAUUCGUCCAAAUGCUAAAAAGCUUUAUCGAUUAUUCUUGAGCGAAGGUAACAUGACAUGGGACGUGUUUGCAUCUAAAGUUCGUACUUUUCAGCGGGGCUUCAUGGGGGAGCCAAAGGAGGUUAGGGCAGGCAGAGGGGAGUUUCAUGAGAACCCACACACCUGCAUUUGUGAAGAUUCUGAGGCCAAGGCAAAGAAAGAUUCAGGGCCUAGAAAGUAUGGCAAGGGAUAUAAUGCAACUGGGGAAGAUAGCACAAAUGAUGAGUUGAAUGUUGAUGAUGACCUAGAUAUACCUGAUCCUGACAAUGAUGGUGAUGGUCCUAUGGAGGAAGAUCCAUUCGAUGGCACAGGUUUGGAUUAUGAGGGGUUCAGCUCUGAGGAACCUGAAUUGGAAGAAAUUGUUUCGGACUAACUGUGCUGCGCUGAUUUUCUGCCUUGUGCAACCGAUUCUGAAAUUGCAUUCUUGUAAUGUGUCAAAACCUUCUGAUGAAUCUGCGUAUUGUCAUUGAACCUUCUAGACAUAACAUUGCUCGAUAGAUGGGAGAAAAGCAUCCUCCUUUGAAAUAGGGAGCAUCAUCCUGUGGAUCAACGAGGUUUGGGGUUUGAGGAUGGGUUCACCGAGACUUCUGCUUUUGUUUUUGCAGUGAAAUUCGGAAAAUGGAGGAUAUGAGGGAUCACCGGAGUGAGAUGAAUUUUUGGAAUUGAGCUUUUAUGUGUAACUGCUUGUUGUGCUGCUCAGAUGAAGGGACUGUAAAUAGGUCUCUUUCUUUGUAAAAGGGAAACGGUGUAUAUGACGAAGGGAAAAACACAGAAAAAAGAAAUGGAAGCGAAUGAAAGGCACAAAGGGGAAAAAGAAAAAAGAUUUUUAUAGUUGAAGUGAUUAUCUAUCUUCUUCUUUUCUUAGGGUUUGGGGACUUUUUCUUUUGGUAGUUGUGCCAAUCUGGUCUGGUCCUGCGAUUCCUGGGCAAGAUGUCUUAUGGAAGAUUGUGAAAGAAAAAACAAAAGAGUUACAAAAGACUGACUGUACAAAUUAUCUGAAAAUUUUUGUGAGAUGAGUUCUAUUAGAAUUUAAAUGAGGGUUUAUCAGUAGCACUAGUGAUCCAACCAACCAGCCGGCUAGAUUCCUGUUUGAAUCAGCGCGUUAACUUACUGCGCAUGUAUCUCAAAGUAGGAUAAAGUUUAAUCAACUUCAAUUCUGUCAAUGUUCAAUAACCAAGAUGGCAAUUUAUAAGCAUCUGUGUAAUGGUUCAGGGAAGGGAGCACGUAUCCCCAGUAUGUUGUAAAUGUUAUAUUUUCAGUUUUAUUUCAAUGUGUAAUGUUAUGAACUGCAUUACGCAAUAUCAAAAAGAUAUUCAUCUCUA